UCCGCUGCGCCUUUUAACGACGGCGGCUGCGCCGCGGCGGGCGGGCUGCGCGGUGGGACCGGGCGGUGCGGCGGUGUCUCCCGGCCGCGUCUUUUGGUGCCGCAGCCGAGUGGGCGGUGCGGGGCCUCCGCCGGGAGCAGAUGGGGUGGCGGAACGCGGGGUGCUGGCGCGCCGGGAGAGCCCCACGGGCGAGCACCUGACGCGCCCGGUGACGGCUUGGCUGCGGGCGGGCAGCCCUGCAAUGGCGAAAGCUCCGCGCCCAGCUGGCCCACGGCGAUUAAGUGGUGCUCAGUGGCACAUGCAGAAUGUCCUCAAAGACUCUGUGGAGAGCUCCGAUGAUGAAUUCUUCGAUGCGCGAGAAGAGAUGGUGGAAGGAAAAAGUGCCAUCCUCAUAGGCAUGAGCCAGUGGAACUCAAACGACCUCGUUGAGCAGAUAGAAACAAUUGGGAAGCUGGAAGAAAAUCAAGGUGAAGAGUCUGCAUUUAGCUCAUCUGACUUUCUGCAGGAAAAACAACGUGAAUUAUAUAGAGGCUCUUUGAGAAAGCAAAGGUUUCCGGCACAAGGCAGUAUUGAAAUACAUGAGGACAAUGAGGAAGGAGUUCAACAUCAGAACUGCAAAACUCAUGUGCUAAUUUUGAUCCUACAUGGGGGGAACAUCUUAGACACUGGAGGUGGGGACCACAGCAGCAAGCUGGCAGACAUCAACACCUUCAGUUCUGUGUUUGAGAAAGUGACCCAAGCCCAUUUUCCUGCUGCUUUGGGACACAUCUUAAUCAGACUUGUUCCCUGCCCAGCAAUCUGUUCAGCAGCUUUCUCUCUUGUUUCCAACCUAAACCCCUACAGCUAUGAUGAGAGCUGUCUCAGCAGCAGUGAAGACCACAUCCCACUGGCUGCCUUGCCCUUGCUGGCUGUUUCAUCCCCUCAAUAUCAGGAUGCAGUUGCCAUGGUGAUCAGUAGAGCAAAUCAAGUCUACAAUGAAUUUCUGAAGUCUACAGAUGGGGCUGGUUUUAAUGGACAGGUGUGUCUCAUUGGUGACUGCAUUGGAGGAAUUUUGGGCUUUGAUGCCAUCUGCUAUAAUUCUAACACAACUGACGAGAGUCGGAACAGUAGCAGGAGAGGAAGCAUCAGCAGCAUCCAGGAUAAUCCCCUCUUAGCAGAGGACUCAAGUCUGGGUGGCAGCAAACGCCUGAGCAAAAGCAAUAUUGACAUCUCGGGAAUCAUGGAGGAUGAGAAGCCAAGGCAGCCGUUGCCUAGGAAACAGAGUGACUCAUCCACCUAUGACUGUGAUACUAUAACCCAGCAUCAUGCUUUCCUGUCUAGCAUCCACUCAAGUGUGUUGAAAGAUGGUGCAGACUUUCCUCCUGUGAAUUCCAGUCUCUCAGAAGUAAACCUGGGCCGAUUCGAAUUCGAGGUGUCUGAUUUCUUCCUCUUCGGAUCGCCGCUUGGUUUGGUGCUGGCCAUGAGGAGUACUGUUCUGCCUGGCCUGGAUGUAUGCCAGAUUCACCCAGCCUGCAGCCAAGUGUACAGUUUCUUUCACUCUGCUGACCCCUCUGCCUGCAGACUUGAACCACUGCUGGAGAAAAGAUUCCAUCUCCUGCCUCCAUUCAGUGUCCCACGGUACCAGAGAUACCCACUAGGGGAUGGAAGAUCUCACCAGUUAGGUGAUGCUAUCCACAACCACAGUGCUCUGUUCCUUGAGAACUGCUCUUUAAACAUACCUUUCUCUCAGGAGAGUCCUGGAUCUCCAAACGCAUCUGAUCAACCACAAGGAAAAACAAGAAAGUUGAGCUUGGCCAGCACAAACAGUGAAAACUCAGGGUCAACAGAAAGUUUGCCAUCUGCAUACUUCACCAACAUUACGGCAAAGUGGUGGGGAACAAAACGAAUAGAUUAUGCCUUGUAUUGUCCAGAUGUGCUGACAGCUUUUCCAACUGUGGCCCUGCCACAUCUCUUCCAUGCCAGCUACUGGGAAUCAACAGAUGUUGUGGCCUUCAUUUUAAGACAGGUGAUGAGGUAUGAAAAUGUAGAUUUCAAGGAAAAGGACAACCUGGAUCCAGCAACAUUAAGUCCAUCCAACCCACGAGAAAAAUGGCUACGCAAAAGGACACAUGUCAAAUUGAGAAAUGUCACUGCUAAUCACCGGGCUAAUGACGUCAUUGCAGCAGAAGACGGUCCUCAGGUACUGGUUGGGCGCUUUAUGUAUGGACCUCUGGACAUGGUAGCUUUAACAGGUGAAAAGGUUGAUAUCUUCAUAAUGACUGAGCCAUCUUCGGGUAGGUGGGUGUACUUUGACACAGAGAUAUCCAACAGCAGUGGCCGGAUAUCCUACAACAUACCCAAACAGAAGAGACUGAGAGUUGGUGUGUAUCCAAUCAAAAUGGUGGUCAGAGGGGAUCAGAGCAGUGCAACCAGUUACCUGACUGUUCUUCCUCGAGGAAUGGAAUGUGUUGUGUUCAGCAUUGAUGGUUCAUUUGCAGCAAGUGUUUCAAUUAUGGGAAGUGACCCCAAAGUCCGAGCUGGGGCCGUUGAUGUUGUCAGGCAUUGGCAGGACCUGGGCUAUCUGAUUAUCUAUAUUACUGGUCGUCCAGAUAUGCAGAAACAGCGUGUGGUUUCAUGGUUGUCUCAACAUAACUUUCCACAAGGGAUGAUCUUUUUCUCAGAUGGACUUGUUCAUGACCCACUGCGACAAAAGACCAUUUUUCUCCGGAAUCUCAUGCAAGAGUGCCACAUCAAAAUCUGUGCUGCGUACGGUUCGAUGAAGGAUAUUUCUGUGUACAAUGUCUUGGCUCUGUCACCAUCCCAGAUCUACAUAGUUGGGCGAUCAACAAAGAAAUACCAGGCACAGUGUCAAUUCCUCAGUGAAGGUUAUGCAGCUCACUUGGCCUCGCUGGAGUUCAGUCUCCAUUCACGACCCAAGAAGAACAACUCUCGGAUGAUCUUGAGAAAAGGCAGCUUUGGCCUCCACUCCCAACCUGAGUUUUUGCGCAAAAGAAAUCAUCUCCGCAGGACUAUGUCUGUGCAGCAGCCUGACCCACCUUCUUCUAACCCCAAGCCAGAGCGUGCCCAGAGCCAGCCCGAAUCAGACAAAGACCAUGACAGGCAUUUGCCCUCUGUUGCUUGGGUUCGAGGUGGAGUUCACAAGUUUGAAUCUGUCCCCUAGGGAAGCUUGGGAAUGUACAUCUUGGGUGCACCCCAUUAAAAUUGUAGGCAUGCCUCAAAGACAAUACUUAGGCAGCUUCCAACUAAAGAGAUACAGAGGGGAACCUGUACCUUCAAGUCUUCCCUGCUCUGGAAUCUGCCUUCUUACACCAACUGGGGAACUAUAUGUCUUUUCCUCUUGACAUGUUUAUUGGGAAAUUUUAAAACAAUCUAAAACUAUUGCAAGUGCUUAUAACAUCAAAGCAACAGGAAAUAUCUCUGGUUAUUUUUUGCAGCAGAUGUAAUGAAAUGUGCAAUAAGAGAAAAAACAGGCUGAUUUUACUCAGAAGAAGGAUUGUGGUAUCAUCUAACUAGCUGCACCUGAAGUAGUGUAAGCAGUAGGUCCCAAAGGUUACAGAGGUUUACACUUUGAACAUUAAAUAGUUGUAUCUGUUUCCACUUCCCUUUCAAUAGUGAUACACUUGCAAGGGAAGCAGAGGUGGGAACUACAGUAAUGGAGGUCAGGAUUUGUACAGCAAGAUGCUUUUUGGGUGCCUUAAACCCAAGAUUUCCUUUCAGCUUACAGUGUUGGUCAACAGACCUCAAUCAACAUGGGCACUCACGUUUGUGUGAGGUGCUGGACAUCAAGUAAAUGGGAGAGAACUCCACUUCUGAACCGAAUCAUAAAAUCUUUAUGUCAGAAAUAAAUGUGUCUGCCACAGUUUGAAGCAGUUAGUGUUGCUGUAUACAAAGUAAUGUGCAAGUGUACAAAGAUCACAUUGUUUUGUGGAACUUGGUGACUGUACAAAAUGUGUGAACUACUCUGAGUAAGGAGAUAGCUCUAACCAUCUCAGUCUGAGAGACAGAUCCUAAGUUGGUAAGCUAAAAGGAGGUCUUUUACUAAGGGAUCUGCAAACUUCAGAGCAACCACUUUUUUCAUUAUUCUAACUAGAAUCUUUACACUGGAGGAGAAAAAAGUAAUGGCAUUCCUAUGGGUAAAUUCUUCUCAUGCUUUGUAGCAACUGCUGCGUUAAGACAAUCUGUAGCAUUCAGAAUUACAGCAUUUGAGCUUCAAAAAAUGGACAUGCCAAAUUAUAGGUGCCAAGUAGAUGUUUUCCUACUGAUUUAAAUUUCUCUCAGAUCUCUCAAUGAACUUACUAGAAGUCAAAUUUUCCCUAAUUAGUAGUAUUUCUUAAGUGUUGUAGUGUAUUUGGGUAUAGUUGUAGUUAUUUGAGUAUAGUUGUAGUUAUUUGAGUAUAGUAGCAGUUUGCAGAUUCUUCAUGAAGAUAGUUCCACGGCACUAAGUUCACCAAGAGAACUUUGAUGACUGAACUGAAGUAUGUUUUGAAGCCCACAAUGAAGCUACAAGUGCACAUAAAGCCCCAUUUCUUUAAAAGUUAAAACCAGACUACUGACACUGAGAAAGCUUGAAUAAAUUAUUAUGCAGAUGUGUUUAGUUUUAAUUUCAGGGAGCUGGAGUGGAGAGAGUAUCAUGCCCUUUCAUUCUUUCCCCUCCUUGCUUUCAGGUUUUCCAUGUCUGUAGCUAGACCAAAAAAAGUCUUUGAACAACUCUAUUGGUUAAUGAUUUUGAAAGUUGACAUGGAAAGCAAACAAGAAAUACAACUGAAAACUAUUAAGACAAUGCAGAAGUAAACCUAAGUCUAUAUUCCCUACUCACCCAAAAGUUUCAGUGUGCUUUUUAAAGGGAUUAGUAAUGUGGCUUUUGCCUUAAAAGGCAGAAAAGUCUCUUAUAAAUGGAGGUCUUUAUUUUUUUAGGCAUUAGUUGGCAAGAUUUUCAGUUAUCUAUUUCAAACUUCCUGAAAGAUCUCUGGCAUAUCAUUAAUAUAUUUUUUUUUAAAUAAUGCUUCCUUUAAGGGAAAGGGUAAUAGUUUCUAAAGAUUUAAGAAAGGUAUUAAAAGUUUGAUAACUCACACAAAUAGGGAACAGGUAGCUACAUUGCAGGGGCCUGGGCUUUUAUGCUCUGUUGCCAAGUCAGCCAGCUACAAAAGCUAGGUUAAAGAUAGCCACAAACUACAUUGAGGCAGUCUUCAGGUUUACAAAUGCUUUCCCAGCAGUAUCCCACCUAGUUCUUUAAUCCACAACCUGGAAGGAGUUAUUCUGUGUUUCUCUUGUCCCACUGUGAGUCUCAAUUCUAAUCAUAUUGUCCAUUUCUUCUCCUGUCCUCAGCAGCUAGGAGAUUGCACAGGUACACUGGUCUCCAUCUCUCCCCAGUCAGUUCACUGUUAGCAUGCUCCUGUUUAUUAGUUUAAAAUAGGCAUGGGAAUCCAAGGCUUGUGAGAGAAGAACUCACUAGGCAAAUUUUAAAUGUGCUGAGGGGCCUAAAAGCAUCGUUGAUUGAUUGCAGAGUUAUUUUUAAGCACUAGGUGUUGUGUAGCUUGUCUCCUGACAGUAAGCACUGUUCCUGCUCCAAAGUUCAAAGCUAAUGUUGCUUUAACUGUCUACCUCUACCAUCCAAGAGCCUGCAAAUUCAAUGCUUUAAGUUGCUGUAGUAGAAAGGCCUGCUUCCUUUCAAAAGAAGGAUCUGCGCAUAAUUCUAACUGUAUUAAAGGAAGUAGCGUCUGAGCACAGGGUUAGAGAAAUCUCCUAGGUUGUUAAGGUCUGUCUUUUACUCUUGCAGACACAAUGUCAUUUUGUUGGGUACCAUGUCAUGAAAACUCUGAUUUUGUGUAUUUCUGUUAAUAACUGGGUCACCUUUACAGUAGUCACUGUGUUGGCUUUUCUUAAGAAUAUUAUGAGCUAAUAGCAGUAGAACAAAUGCGUGUGUGUGUGUGUGCAUGAUUUAGAGUGGUAACAAUUUCAAAGUUUCUACCCAUGACAUUGAAAUCAACUGAAAAUAUUUUACCUAACUUCAUUUUCUACAAUAUAUGAGAGCUCAUGUGGCCUUUGCAUAAUUCCAAUACUAUCUAUUGCUCAGGGAUGGGAUGGUUUAUCUCCUGAUCACAUGCCUCCAGCUGAGAACUUUGGCAAACAGUAAUACAGGCAUUAGCUUGGAGGGCAAAGCUUCAUGUUGUUUGGGAGCCAAUCUUCUGAAACAUCAGAUGCCAAACGCAUUUGUUUUGAUAGCACUAGCCAGUUGCCAGUAAAUGGUAAAACAACUUACGUUGGAGCUGAGAGUAUGUUUUAGACAUUUCACAAGUAGACUGGCAGUUCAACAAAUAUUCUGUAACAAUGGCUGGGGAACUCAGGCAUGUAGAACCACUAGUUUGUUUGUUUUCCUCAGCUUUGCUUGAGGUGACCCCUGAGGUUUGCCUGAUGAAUUACUACUUUCAUAGUAUGAUUUUUCAGUCAUGUUUUCUCUUAAACCAUUUCCUUCUGGUCAGAAUUUUAGUUAUACACUUUGUCCACCUGAAACUGCAUGUAGUGGUUCAUAGGAAUUCAGUUUGCAACAGGAUUUCAGUUUUACUUGUGCUUUCUCAGAAGGAUUGUCAGUCCUCCUAAGCAGGCCACUUGUUGAGGAUAAGCUUGAUCCUACGGUUGUCUUCUCUGAUUCCAAGUCCUCACUGCUGCAAUCUCUGUGCCGUCAGCACUUAGACUUUCUAGGCUAUGGAAGUGUUAAAGCAUACACAGAAGAGAAAGGGACAGAGAAGUCAGACGGAAGGGUGGGUGCCCAAGGAACACAGGUAGACCUGUCAGGAGUUUAAGCACCUUUAGUGCCUCUAGUCUGUUACAGAAAAGCACAUUCUUUUAACAUGCUGAAUGGAAGAAGCGUAAGUGAAACUGUAAAACAUAACUGUUAAGGCAGCAUACAAGUCAGUGCAAAGUAGCCCACUGCUGGAGGCAUUUACUUCUCUGCCCUGUUGAUACAGAUCCAGUUCUAAAGUAUUGUAAAAAAGAAAAAAAAAAAAAAAAAGACACCUUAACUGAAGUUUUGGUUCUGUUUUCACAGCAAACUUAUAUCCAAUAUAUUUUUAAAAAACCCCAAUGUCUAGUUAGGUGAGUUUGAAAAAAGAUAAGAGUGCAGAAUGUUCCACAGACGUGAAUAGUGUGGUUGAUCCAAACCAGUUUGUUUUUAAUAACUGAUUUUAAAUUUUUAAGUGUUUGCAUACACUAGUGCUCUUGGAUCUUAUUCUUGCUUGACAAAAGUACUCCUGUUUAGUUUUGUGAUAUGGUUUAUAUCUAUUCAGCAUAAAAUUUUGUUGGUUGUAAAAAUCAAUGGCAUUGAUAAUUCUUGUUCUUUUGGGUUCAUGAAAGCUGCCAUUUUGAUGUGUUUACAUGAAAAUAGUCCUAGUUCUUACAGGUUACUUCACCUGUUCCUCUAGUACCAAGGGAAAUCACUUCUAAACAGUUAAAAUUUUCACUGCUUAUGUAAAAGUGGAACUAGCAGUAAACUGCAGAAAAAAAUUACACACAAUCUACUAUUAAAAUAAGCAGAACAAAACCACUUUAUCUGAGAAAUCUAGCAUUCUGCAAAAUGGCUGUUGUUUGCCAUUAUUAGUGAACAAGUUGUCCUAUUUAUACAUUGCAGGCUUUAGGCCAGGGCACUAGUAAUGUGUGUACUUAAGCAAAUGCCCAAUACUGAGAUUUUAGUGUCAUUGUAUACUUCACAGACUAAAUUAGGAGGGAAUAAAGAUAUUUUUUUCCUUCUUUCUGUCACGA